UUGCAAAUUCAUGAUUGAAUUGGGCUCGCAGAUUUCUCUGCCAAACUCCAAGAUGCUCAGCAGGACACUAAAACGGUCCAUCUCGGACCAUAUACCAUCCUCGUCACUCCCACCUACGUUCCUAUUACCGUGUCGCGCUCGAUAUUUCAAUUCUACCACCCAGCAUGUCGAACCUGCUCUCGACUCAUCUUCAAUUCCUCCAGCUGUAGCUCCAGCAGCAUCUGCAAAUCCUGCGACACCCACUGCCAGCCCUAUUAAGAAGCAGCUCCUCCGAUCUGUACCUCUACGACCACCUCCUAUUGCAACUCCUCUCACACUCGAUGCAUCUGUUAAGGAGAUGCUGCCACUCCUUGCAGUCCAACCGGAACAUUAUAUAAGCAUCCACAUCCACGGGAAGCCAUAUCUUGUCAGAAAAGGAGACAGCGUUCGAUUACCUUUCCAAAUGCCGGGCGUUGUGCCGGGCGAUGUUUUACGGCUGAACCGAGCGUCGAGCCUGGGAUCAAGAGACUAUACAUUGAAGGGAACACCAUAUCUAGACGAGCGGAUCUUUCAAUGUAGGGCGACAGUUAUUGGCACGGAGGCAGAACCGAUGAGGAUUAAGGAAAAGACGAAGCGGAGGAACAGGAAGGUCAAGACGGUCAGGAGCAAGCAUAAGUUUACGAUAUUGAAGAUUGCCGAAUUGAGAGUCAAGAAUAUCGAUGAGCUGAGGGAAGGUUAGUGGCCGAUAUUGGACUUGGUUAAGAUGUCGAUGAAAUGCGGAUGUGGUGAAAUCAUUGGGAUGGAGGAGAUGCAAGGCUGUGGUCUGUCGACGAUAACCUUCGUCGAGAGACAUUGUAUAUUAUUGUACAUGAUAGAACAUGUGAGGAACUGUACCAGCACUGUUGGAGCUCACCAGAACAUAGCCUUCAAAAUUUCGAGUUGACCUUCUGAAUACUCAAUCUCUAC